AUGCAGCUUGCGGAGGUGGGAACAUCCUGUGUGAGAACCACCAAAGAAAGCUCCUACCCUGUGAACACUCAGAAGGGUCUAAAAAUGUCCAGCCGCUCGCGCUCUCUCGAAGCCCCGCCGCCCGCAAGACCCGCAAGCGCACGACCUACCCCGUUGGGACACGCCGAGCUGCCCCGAGGCUCCCGAGGACUCCGGGGCGGGGGCUGCUCCUCCUCCGCCUCCCGGGGCCGUCGUUCCCGCGGAGCCGGUUCUGGGCCCACCGGCAAACUCACUUCAGGCCGACAACCUUCCCGGAGCCCGAAUCGGUCUCCAAGGGCCUCCCCGUCCCGCGGGCGCAGACCGGCUGAGCCCGGGCCUCGCCGCCCUGCGCCGCAGCCGCCGCCACCGCCGCCACCGCCCGACCCCUUCGGCCCAGCCCGCGGGCUCCGGGGCUCGAGCUCGAGGGUCCCCGUUCGAGCCUCCGCCCAGCCUGCGCGGAGCCGCGCCCGCACAGACCCGUGCCCGCUGGAUGCCGGCCCGACCGGACAGCGUGCAGCCCCGGAGGCCCCGGGACCCUUGCCCGCCGGAGGCCAAAGCCUGGGAACCACGGGGAGCGGUGACCUGGGCUCGGGCAGGAAGCGAGAGAAGCGCGGCGGCACUACGCGUGCGCGAACACGCACACACAACUGCACCGAACUGCACAUGCGCAAGACGACGGCGGCGGUGCGCCUGCAGAAGCCCACUCUGGAGCCGGGCAAAUACCCGACCUCUGUUUCCCGCGAACUACUAACAGGACAGCAAGGAGAAAAAUGAACCUCGCCUUUUCAAUCAGCUCGGCAGAUACAAUCCAUUACAUAGAAGUUCUCCGGCGAAACAAUACACCUGUUUCAGGGUCACAGGACUUGCCAGUGGCAUUUGCUAUAAAUUUUUUCACUGUUCAUCCUAAAUUCACCUUGUCAUCUUGGUGCCCAUCUGUGCCAGUUGUCUCUGUCCAAAGGAAAAAGAAAACUACUUACCUGUUUCUGACAAAUAGGUCGUUAAAGCUCAGAGCUAGGUGCCUAGGGCCCACCCUUAACUCUCCUGGUGACAGAGAGACACUACCUUCCUUGAGGUUUACAUUUCAAAGAGAUGGCUCCCAGGCCCUUAAGAACAACCAUCCCCUGUUAUAAUGUGAGCAAGAAAAUUAUUUAGCUUCCAGGAGAUUUAGAUACAUACAAAAUCAACAGAGGAAGUUUUCUCCAGGUAACACUCUUUCCAAAGAUAAUAGUACUGAUUUAUGCUAAUGAUGGGCACAUAACCCAUUCCUGAUUUCUCUCGCUGAGCUGUUGCAUCAAACUAAUCCCGCACAAAAGGCGUGCUUCUCCAGAAGCUGCUCUGUCCGCCAUGGCUGUGGCUGUGUAGCCCGGAAGUCCUGCCCAGCUCUUGCUGCUAGUAAGUGUGGUCUGUGCCCGAAUUCCCACCAAUGGACUUCUCACCAACAGAAUGCUGGAAUUCAUGAGAGGUGACCACACUUCCCCUGGGCCUGAGACUGGAAGACCUCCAGGCACAUUUCUUCUGUGUUCUUUUCCAUUUUCAGCAGGUAAAGGAAGGAAGCUAUGUUGAGCACCUUGGGGAAGACAGGCAGAGCACCCCCUGCCCCGUCCACUGGGUCCUGGCCUCCAGCCCUUGCCUCCCCCACAGGCACUGACCUGCUCAGCUGAAGACUGGGACGCCCUCCCGCCUCUCUGUCCACUCUGGUUCUCUGCCUGUGAACUCUGGCUGUCAUGCCCCCCUCCCCCUCACCACCCAACUCUGUCCCUGCAACUCAGAGACAUCCUGGGUGCCCCCAGGACCCCUGCCACAUACCUCAGCCUGGAUAACUCUCCGAGCGGUGAACUGGACGCUCUUGGGGCUCACUCCUCUCUCCAAAUGGUUAAAACCUGUCAUUUCAUAUAUUCAUAU